UCACUUUACUGCAAGGACCACAUCUACUGGAAAUUAACAGGGAAAAAAGCACACAUGCGUACACGCUGGUGAGUCCUGACCUCUGGCCUGUUGGACACUGGUUCCUGUGAACAGCGGCAAAGUUAGAUGCAUAACGACCCCGGGGCUCAUGGCAUUGGUGAUAGCCGAGUUCAUGAGCUCCAGGCAGCCUUAGGGACGAACGCUCCACCUCAGACAGGAGGCAAUGACGCCUUUGGACUGAUCCCUGGGCCCGACUGCCUUCUUCUAGGGAUCCGCGAGUGUGCACGGCCACGGACGGUGGGAGCCUGUGAUCAGCACAAUGGACAGAAGCCUGAGGAACGUGCUUGUGGUUUCCCUUGGAUUUCUGCUUCUCUUUACUGCCUACGGAGGUCUGCAGAGUCUGCAGAGCAGCCUGUACAGCGAGGAGGGCCUGGGGGUGACAGUGCUCAGCACCCUGUAUGGCGCCAUGCUGCUGUCCUCCAUGUUCCUGCCGCCGCUGCUCAUCAGGAUGCUGGGCUGCAAGUGGACCGUCGUCCUCUCGAUGAGCUGCUACGUGACCUUCUCCCUGGGCAACUUCUACGCCAGCUGGUACACUCUGAUCCCCACGUCCAUCCUGCUGGGACUCGGAGCCGCCCCGCUCUGGUCUGCUCACUCCACCUACCUCACCAUCAUGGGAAACACACACGCCAAGAAGGCAGGAAAAGUUGGCAAGGAUGUGGUGAACCACUAUUUCGGCAUGUUCUUUCUCAUAUUCCAGUCGUCCGGUGUGUGGGGCAACCUGAUCUCAUCUCUGGUGUUUGGCCAGACGCCCACGCAAGGUGCCAUCCCUGAGGAGCAGCUCCUGUCCUGUGGGGCCAGUGACUGCCUGAUGGCCACGGUUCCCACCAACGGCACGCAGCGGCCCUCCCAGGAGCUCGUCUACACCCUGCUGGGCAUUUACACAGGGAGUGGCAUCCUAGGGGUCCUGCUGGUAGCGCUCUUUCUCGAACCCGUAAGAGACGAUCAGCAGAAAAGUGAAGGAGAGAAGAAACCACCAUCGUUUUGGUCCACUUUGCUGUCGACUUUCAAGCUUUUUAGAGACAAACGUCUGCGUUUCCUCGUGCUGCUACCAAUGUACAGUGGAUUCGAACAGGCCUUCUUGGCAGGCGACUACACAAGGUCCUACACCACCUGCGCCCUGGGCAUCCAUUUUGUGGGCUACGUGAUGAUCUGCUUCUCAGCCACCAACUCCCUGUGCUCCGAGCUGUACGGACGGCUGUCCCAGUACACGGGCAGGAUUGCUCUCUACGCACUCGGUGCGGUCACCCACCUCUCUUGCAUAAUCGCCCUCUUGCUGUGGAAACCAAACCCUGACCAGCUGGCUGUGUUCUUUGUUUUUUCUGGCCUUUGGGGCAUUGCUGACGCCGUGUGGCAGACACAGAACAAUGUUCUGUUCGGCGUUCUGUUUGAGAAGAAUAAGGAGGCCGCUUUUGCCAACUACCGCCUCUGGGAAGCCCUGGGCUUCGUCAUCGCGUUUGGGUACAGCACGUUUUUGUGUGUCAGUGUGAAGCUCUACAUUCUCCUGGGAGUCCUGUGUCUGACCAUGGUGGCCUACGGAAUCGUGGAGUACAUGGAGGCUAAGAACCUGACCAGGCCACUUGCUGUGACAAAAGCAGCAGAGGAAACAGAAACACAGACAAAAAUGUGAAAGCAGCAAACUCCAUGGCAGACGAGCUGGGCGUCGGCAAGAGUUUUAUCUGAAGCUGCCUCAGAGUUUAUAGUUGAUUUUUACAACUAUUUUAGCAAUAUGUGGCCAUUUGAAAGAUGUAAUAUUUUUUAUGUAAAUUUUUUUUCUAUUCUAUCACAUUCUCAGUCCACCAUCUCAUCAGUAGAGAUCAAGGGUAUGCGUGAAAAAACUUCAGUUAAUUUCAGAUAGAAAAGAAAAAUGUUUAGGGCACAGUCAGUUAGAACCUGCUUAGAAUCACAGAAUCGACAACUUACACUUGUUCUCGUUGUUGUCACUGUGGAUGUUCUCAGAAUUGGAAGUCUGUCUAAAAUAAUGAAUCCAAUACCAGGAUUUUACAAAGGGUAAACUGCCAUCCAGGUGUGUCAGCUGACUACCUCCCAGAGGCAGUGAGGAACACAGCCCGACUAGAGUCUAUGUUUCUUCAAACUUACAGAGUUCGAGUUUCUAAAUAAAUGUAA